AUGGCAACCCCCUCAACCGACACCGGCGUCUCAGCCACCUCCUUUACCGAGUUCGACUAUGUCAUCAUAGGCGGAGGCACCGCUGGUCUCACCGUCGCCACCCGUCUCUCUGAAGACCCUUCCAUCACCGUCGGAGUCAUCGAAGCCGGUCUCUGGCGCCCUGACGACCCUAAAAUCAACUAUCCCGCAUUCAUCGGACAAUCCCUCAUGAACCCCGAUUACGAUUGGUGUCUCGAGACUGAACCUGAACAGCACUCCAACGAACGCAAGUACGCUUGGCCCCGAGGCAAAGUUCUCGGCGGCAGUAGCGCUUUGAACUUCCUCGUCUGGCAGCGUGGAUAUAAGGGAGAGUACGACGACAUCGGAAAGCUAGGCAACGAUGGGUGGAGUUGGGACGAUUUCGCACAGUUCGCUAGGAAAAGUGCUACGCUGGAAAAGCCGAGUACGGAGUUGCAGAAGGCGAAUCUUGCCACGUGCGAUGAGGAGUUGCAUGGGAAGGAUGGGCCGGUCAAGACUUCGUACAGCAAGUGGUAUACUGAGGCGCAGAAACCUUGGUUUGACGCACUCAAGUCUCUAGGGCUGGCCAAUGUGCAAGAUGGCUUGGGUGGAAGCAAUAGUGGGUUCUGGGUGAGCCCGGUGACGAUUGAUACGAAGAAGACUGUGCGUUCGUACAGUGCUAAUGCGCACUAUGCUCCGAAUGCAAAUAGGGAGAACUUGAAGGUGAUUACUGGUGCACAUGCGUCCAAGAUCGUCUUUGAUUCCAACUCGGCGGAUGUGGAUCUGGUUGCAACGGGGGUAGAGUUCAUCGUCGAUGGCAAGACGCACACUGUCAAAGCGAAGAAAGAGAUCGUGGUGAGUGGUGGUACCGUCCACAGUCCCCACUUACUCGAGCUAUCUGGUGUCGGUAAGGCCGAGGUGCUCAAGGCUGCAGGUAUCGAGCAGAAGCUAGAGUUGGAUGUGGGAGAGAAUGUGCAAGACCACAUCUACUGCACCAGCUCGUUCAAGCUCAAACCUGGUUUCAUCACCUGGGAUAAGAUGCGACAGGAUGACUUUGCCAAAGCUGCCAUGGAGCAGUAUCAUGGUGAAGGAGAGGAUCGAGGUAUCAUUGCCUCUGCUUUCUCUGGGUUCGCUUAUGUUCCCCUUUCUCAGUACCUCUCCCCCGAAGAAAUCUCCAAGAUCAAAGCCGACGUCUGCAAUGUCGACUGGAGUAAGUACUCCAAAGGUGUCCAAGAGACAGUCAGACUGCAGCUAGCUCGUCUGGAAGACGAGAAAUGUCCAUCCACAGAGCUCAUCUUCGCGCCAGGCUUCUUCUCCACCGCAUCCCCUCCUGUAGACAACCAGGAAUACUACUCUAUCCUCGCUUGUCUCCAACAGCCCUUCUCCCGAGGCAACAUCCACGUCUCCUCCUCCGACCCCACCAAACCGCCCAAGAUCCACGCUAACUACUUCAGCAUAGACGCAGAUCUCGAAAUCCUCUCGAAAGCCGUCAGAUAUUGCCAAACCGUCACCGAUACUUCCCCACUCAAGGAGAUCACAGUUGCUAGACAGGACCCCGACCCGAGCCAGUACAACUCAGAUGAGGACUUUAGAGAGUUCACCAAGGAUCAGUCCGUGACAGAGUAUCAUCCGAUCGGAAGCUGUUCCAUGAUGCCAAGGGAGAAGGGCGGUGUGGUGGAUGCAAGGCUGAAGGUGUACGGGACUAAGAAUGUAAGAGUUGCGGAUGCUUCGGUGGUACCGAUCCAUGUUAGUUCGCAUAUUGUACAGACGGUUUAUGCUAUUGGUGAGAAGGCGGCUCAUAUGAUAAAGGAGGAUGCUAGAAAGGCUUGA